GAUAAAGAAGCCGGAACUACACCCCCAACCAGAAAGUUUAGUGAAAAGUGGCGGUUUGGAGAUGGCGGCGUUGUGAGAAACUGGCUGCACUAUGACUACGAGGCUAUGCUAAUGAGUUGUUCAUUGUGUCGCCAGUAUGCCAAAGAUAAGAACAGAAACAACUCGUUUGUGUUGGGCAAUAAAACAAUGAAGCUGGAGACCAUCCGUGAACACGAACAGAGUAAAUGUCACACGGUCUGUGUGUCAAUGUGCCGUGCUCAAUCUGAGCCUCUGCUCGAGACCCCCUCAGUGACUGCGCUACUCGCCAUGUCGGAGCAAACAAGCACCAAAAUGAAAAUAUUGUUUCGCACCGUACAUGCCAUUGGCAAGAAAGCGAGGCCAUUUUCUGACUUCGAGUGGAUGUUUUGGAUGAACAAAAAGGAAUUGCUGUGGGAUCAACAUACCGAAAUGAAAAGCAGGCCAAAGUGUUUAUGAACUAUAUAGCAGAAGUGGAGAGAGAAAAAAUCAAAGAGAAUGUUAAAACCACAAAGUUUCUCUCCAUUACCACUGAUGGCUCCACCGACAGUUCUGUGAAGGAGGAGGAGUUAGUUUAUGUCAGAUUCAGUCAUCUGGGCAAAAUUGAAUCAAAGUUUGUAGGCAUCAAGUCAGUAGAGAAGGCAGACGCAUCACACAUAAGCCAAGCCAUCUGUGACAUCAUGGAUCAAGUGAGUGAUGACUGUGGGAGCAAGUUGGUCGCUAUAGGAACUGAUGGAGCUUCAGUGAUGACCGGAUCCAAAAAUGGUGUCGUCAGCAAGCUGAAGGGCGAUAAGAGCUACAUCAUUGGCAUCCACUGCAUGGCACAUCGCCUUGAACUGAGCUUUUCUGAUGCCAUGCGGUCAAAUUUGAUAUUCCAGAAAGUAGAGGACCUGCUUUGUGGGCUCUACACUUUUUAUCACACAAGUCCACUCAACAGGGCAAAGUUGAUUAACAGCUUCCAGGCUCUUGGGCAUAUAUCAUUGGUGCCCACAAGAAUUGGUGGGACCCGAUGGGUAGGACACCUGUUGCGUGCCCUGGACCACUUCUUACAAGGUUACCAGGGACUCGUCCUUCAUCUUGAGCAGAUUCAAUCCCCGGAUUCCCAAAAUGUCAGAAGUGUCCAGAAAGCCAAAGCCAGGAAAUACUACUCUGUUGCUAGGGAAGCUGUUAUUGUCCGCUUCUGUGGGUUCCUGCAUGACACUCUCACACAUCUGAGCAGCCUGUCCACCUGUCUGCAGAGGUCUGCCAUCACUAUAGCAGAAGCCCACUCUGCUUUGACCUCAACACAGGCUUUACUGGAGAAGUACAAAACCAGAUUUUGGUGACACAGAACUGGAAACACUUGUUGACC